AUGCUGCAAGAAUUCGAUGAAUCCACGGAAAACUUCGUAAGUGCCGUAAUAGCUGCUUUGGAAAAACAUAAAAAAGUGGAAGAAAUCAAGGAUUUACGAAGAUAUGUUCUGCAGCGUAAUGUUGAAGCCAAUAUUGAAAAAUAUGCCAGUUGGCGAGUCGACCAGGUCAGAGCUCAACGAAGAAUGAUUCGGGAACUCGAACAACUUCGUGUUGCCUCCAAACAAACUCAAACUGAAACUUCCAAAGAACCACCACUACCGAUCACCAAUCAAGCUUCAUGCUGUGCAAUUCUUUAA